UUUCAGACCGACAUUCGUAAUUAUCAAAUUGAAUGCCGUAAUGGGGAAACGCCUUUUUGUGGUUUUAACGUAGAUUCCGCGUGUAAUGGUGUGAAAGCUAUGCAUAUUCCAGUUGAAAAGGUCUUUGCUGCAGUUUGUUCAACUCUCCAGAGUUUCGCCACCUUUAUUUUCAAAAAAGGUAGAACGAUGUCCAAUUUGAUUGAUAACUGUCAGCAAAUCUGUGUAGCAACUCCGAAAAAAUGUUCUUAGCAAGAAAGUUGACCACAAUUUCCAACAUUUAGCGUUUUUUCACUUCACGAAAUGUUUAAAUAUGCACGUAAAUCGUGUAUGAUUCUCUUUGUGAAGUAUAAUACCGGAAGUUCUUCGUUCCUUCAAAUUUCUUUCUUGAUUUAAGAAGCAUUCUUCCUUUACAUAAAGUAAACAUGAGCUCUAGAAUAUGCCGAGGAAUUUCGCAAGCAAUUUCAAAAUAGGUUUUGUAUGGGGAGAAAACUACGUAAUGCAACCUGACCACAUACCUUAUUUCAAUCAAACGAAUAUUGAGGCCUUAGGAGGUAAUUGACUGAUGGUAAGGUGAGAUUUCCCCCCUUUCGAUGAGCCGGAAGCCCUAAGUAAUCGGGACAAUUGUAGCAUUACAAACAUAUCUACACUUAAAACAACUUUUCCUGUCACAAAACAGAAUACCUUACAGCUACGAUGUUUCUGGACCUAUAAAACCUAAAGCGACGUAAGAAAAGCCAUCAGUCAGUGAUUUCCUCGACUUUUAUCAACAACAGUUUUUUUCCCGUUGUCCACGAUGUACUCCACCAUUGCUGUCAGUAUCUUGCUCACGCACGGCACGUUAAUGAUUACUGCAAGACCAGUCGGUUACGUCGAUGAUGUGCCCACCGCUAUCUGCGCCUCUCCCGACGGCAAAGAUUGUUUCAGCAGCAAGUUCUAUGGUCCUCUUUCGUUACAGUAUCACUCUUGGAAUGAAAACGGGAAAAAUGUCUUCGGAUAUGCUUAUGAAGGACAGGCUGCAUAUAAUGUUCGGAAUGCAUUCGGAAAUCAGGUUGGUAGCUGGGCCUACGUGAAUCCGGAAGGCAAAGAAAUAAACGUAGCCUACGUAUCCGAUUCUAACGGGUAUCGAGUUAUGUCCAACGACUUGCCCAUUGCGCCGACUGAGACACCAGAAGUUGCUGCUCUGCGCGCCAAACACAUGGCUGUUCAUGCCAGUAUCAGAAGUCAAACUACUCCUACCCUGACUGUGGAAGAGAAUGACAUCAGUGCUGAGGAUGCUGAUCCAGAUUACGAUGAAAUAAAUGCUGCCCAGAUAGAGUUUAUGAAGGUGUUCCGCAAAAUCCAGGCGCUAUAA